GCGGCAGAGCUGCUCGGGAACAUGAGAAAGGCGAACUGAGGCGAGAAUGUUGUGUGCUGUCUCACGUCAGCAUGCAUCAUUGCAGCAGCGGUAAUGAUGCAUUUCAAGAGCAGAUAGCUUAUGUUCUCCAGCCUCCUCUGCACUGCCUCUGCAUCCUGUCCUCCCUGCUCCUCCCACUCAAACUCUUCCUCCUCCUCAUCCUCCUCCCGUCUACUGCUUCACUAGACAGGACUAUAGAUUGACCGGGACUUGCCAGCGGUGGAUGAUCAGGUUUGCUCCGGCUGGAAGAUUCCUCUGUGGCGAUGUUACAUCUGCACCGAUUCCUGGAUUUUAAUUGACAUUUGCGGCUAGAAGAUAACUGACCACCUGCAACGUAGCUUGGAUGUGUGUGUGUGACUCCUAAACAGCAUUGCCAUUGGUUCAUUUCCUUGGUUUUGCUGGUUGCUUUUGCCUUUCGUGGCUAGCAGGCACUGCAGCAUCAGGACCGCAAGACCGAUGAAGUAGUAGGGCAUGAGGACCCAGGGCGAUCCAAACGAAGGGCUUGAGUGCGUCCAUUGCUACCGCUGCUGAGGUGCUUUUCUUGAUUCUUUUUUUUUUUCUCCAGAAAAAGAGUGUCUGGUGGGGGUGGGUGGUGAGAGAAAAGGUAUCCAGGCCCCUGCAGAGCCCAGCGGAACAGGGUGGCUCGUGCAUAGAAGAAGCGAGCAGGACGUCCUGUGGGAAAGGGCCGGCUUGAUCAAGCAUUGGCCUCCUGAUGGUGGCUAUUUUUGUCUCCCCUAGCUGAGUGAGUGGGACAGCGGGUGGAAGAGAAGAUGCUUAUGGCCCGAGACACGGCGCGAGAUGAGGCUCAAAAACUACACAGGAAGUGGCUGAAGCACCAGGCCUUCAUGGCAGAACUGGCCCGGAACAAGGAAUGGCUGGCCAAGAUAGAACAGGAAGGCCAGGGGCUGAUCCAGGAGAAGCCGGAGCUGCGCACAGUUGUGCAGCAGAAGCUAGAAGAGAUCAGAGAGUGCUGGUCUGACUUGGAGACCACAACCAAGGCCAAAGCUCGCCAGCUCUUUGAGAACAACAAGCCGGAGCCGGCAGUGAAGAGCUACUCGGACCUUGACAACCAGCUCUCCCACUUGGAGCAGCAGCCCCCCCAACUGGAGCAGGCACAUCAUCUGCCCACAUUCAAUGAGCAGCUCCAGAAAUUUCAGGCUAUGGAGUCUCAGUUUGGGGACAUUUACAAGGAUGUGGAGGAACUGGGUAGCUUGCAAGGAGUUUGCCUUCCCCAGCGAGGUCUGAUGGCAGGUGACAAGGAGGGUGCUGAGCAGUCAGGCAUGGCAGAGACCCGCAUCGUUCGCCUCAUUGAGCCCCUGAAGGAGAGACGCCGCAUCCUGCUGGCUUCCAAAGAGAUGCACCAAGUCGCUCAAGACCUGGAAGACGAGAUGCUGUGGAUUCAAGAGAGGCUUCCCCAGGCGUCAUGUAAAGAAUACGGACGUAAUCUCCAUAGUGUGCAGCAGCAUGUAAAAAAAAAACAGACUCUCCAGAGGGAGUUGGCAGGGCGGCGGGCUCGUGUUGAGGAGGUUCUAGACAGGGCGGGAAUUAUCGCAUCGCUGCGCACUCCUGAAGUGGAGUUUGUGCGUGAAGGGGCUGGCCAUGUGCGGCAGCUGUGGGAGGUGUUGCAAUUGGAGCUGGAAAGGAGAUCUGUGAUGCUGGAUGCAGCACUGCAGGCUCAACAAUACUACAGUGAGGCAGCCAAAGUGGAGUCCUGGUUGUCAGGUCAGAAGCUGCAGCAGGCCAAUGACGAAAAAGGCACGGAUGAGGCGAGCACCCUGCAACUGUUGAAGACUCACCUGGCUCUGGAACAAACAGUGGAAACAUACGCAGAGACUGUGGGCAUGCUGUCCCAGCAAUGCCAGCAGCUGCUAGAGCUCGGACACCCAGAGAGUGAGCAAAUCACCAAGCAGCAGUCCCACAUAGACAGACUGUAUGUGUCUCUGAAAGACAUGGUGGAGCACAGGAAAAUCAAGCUGGAGCAGCAGUACUGGCUUUAUCAGCUCAAUAAGGACGUAGAGGAAUUAGAGAAAUGGAUCACUGAGCGAGAGACUGUAGCAAGCUCUACCGAUCUUGGCCAAGACCUGGAGCAUGUUACGAUGCUUCAAGAAAUGUUCACCAAAUUUGCCUCAGAAACAAACAACAUUGGCCAGCAGCGGAUGGAGCAGGUAAACAAAAUGGUGAAUGAAAUGAUCGACUGUGGUCAUUCGGAUGCAGCCACCAUUGCUGAGUGGAAGGAUGGACUGAACGAGUCCUGGGCCGACCUCCUGGAGCUGAUGGAGACCCGCAGACAGAUGCUGGCAGCAUCCAACCAGCUCCAUAAGUUCUUCACCGACUGCAAGGAGGUUUUGGCUCAGAUCGCAGGAAAGACAAAGCAGCUGCCAGAGGUGAGGGCAUGCCAAGCCAACAUCACCAAUCCAGCCACCCUGCAGAGACUUAUGCACUCUUUUGAGCAUGCCCUUCAACUGUUAGUUACACAGGUACGACAGCUGCAGGAGAACGCUGCACAGCUGCGUACUAUUUAUGCUGGCGAGAAGGCUGAGGCCAUUCUGGCAAAAGAGCACGAAGUAAUGGACGCUUGGAAGGAGCUGUUGAGCUCUUGUGUGGCCAGCCGUGUCCAGGUCACCUCAGUGACAGACAAAGUGCAAUUCUUCUCAGUGGUGCGCGAAAAUCUUAUGUGGAUGGAAGGCAUUAAGGGCCAGAUUGGAUGGGACGAACCCAGGGAUUUGACGGCAUUGGAGGUCAUGAUGAAACAGCACCAGGAGCUAAAAGCCAAAAUAGAUGGCCGCAGCAAAACCAUCCAGCAGUGUGCAGAUCUCGGCAAAAUCCUUAUAGCUGCUGGCAACCCUGCAUCGCAGGAGAUUAAAGAAAAGCUGGACAGCCUUCUGGCCAAGCAGAAUGAUCUUGUUGAGAAAUGGGACAAACACCAGGAGAGGCUACAGCGCAAACAUGAGAGGUUCCAGUUUGCCCAGGAGACAGUAAGGGCAGAAGCCUGGCUGAAGGCCAAGGAACCUCCGAUCACCUCCAAGCAGCCAGAGGGCGGACAGACCCAGGCCCAAACUGAUGAGGUUGAGCAGCUCAUCCUUCGCCAUGAAGCCUUCCGCAAGGCUGCUGUAACCUGGAAAGAACGCUUCAGCUCUCUCCGCCAGCUUUCCGCAGCUGAGAAGAAAAAAGAGGAAGACAAAAAGACGCCGCUCUCCAGUCGAAGGAUGUUCCCGUUAUCUUGUCUGACUCCAAGUGGUCCCUCGUUCAGUUCAAACCCAUCCUUUAUGAGGCAGAUGGUACACGCCCACAUAGAUCCCACACACUCACAGACCAGCGUGGAACCAGCUGCCCCCCCUGCAGCCCAGAGAUUGUCCUCAUCGCUCGCCAGCUACAAUCCAGUCAUAAAUGGAUCAGGGUAUCACGGGCUGGAGCAGCACUGUAGUGGAAAGUUGGUGAGCCCCUCAUAUCUCGGGAUGAACCACCAGGCCAUCGGAGGUGGAAAUGACUCUGCUUUUUCAGUGCUGAAUUCGCACUGUGGGGGACAGGACACCUCUACAUACCUGGGGAUAAACAAUCAAACAACUGAUAACGCUGAGAGCUCUGGUUACUUUGGACUGUCUAUGGGUUGUGUGGGUGGCUCUGGCUAUGCGAUGCAAAGCCAUCCGGGCAGUGGCAGGUUAGGAAGUUCAGGUAACCUGGCUCAGGAGCAAAGCAGUAAUGUAAUGGGAACCCCUGGGUUUCUUCAGCAGCAGAAUAUGGGAAGUUCUGGAUAUUUGACACAACAUAACAUGGGAAGUUCCGCUUACUCGACACAACCUCAAAACAUGGGUAGUUCAGGAUAUUUGGGACAGCAGCCCAAUUUAGGGAGUUCAGGAUAUUUGGCUCCGCAGCCAAAUUUGGGGAGUUCAGGAUAUCUAGCUCACAAUUAUCACGGCAGUGGUGGAAUGGGUAGCUCAGGCUAUCUCGCACAAAAUCAUUACAGCAGUGGAAGUCUUGGUAGUUCGGUUUACCUGGCACCGAGUGGUGGCAUCAUGGACCCAAAAAUGGCUUAUGCUUGGCAACACUUGAAAGCUGACUUCAUGCAACCAGGGAUCAAUCACAUCCACAAGCCUGUAAACCCCCUCCUCGAGGCCAGUAGAGUACAGCGGGAACAGUAUGGUGAUAUCCCGAUGGCAGACAUGAUGGGGCCGGAGUCAGGACUGGACCUCCUCCACGGCCGUCUCCAGAGGGAUCCCCGGGGCAGCCGCUCAGACCCUCAGAUGGACCACCUGAGACGAGAACGGGAGUACAAACUGGGUAGACAAACUUCCAGCGAACAGGAGAUCCAAGCCAGGCUGAACGAGCUUCCAAUGAUUGUGCGUCAGGAGCGGUAUCGGAGACGCCUGGAAAGGCAGUCGUCCAGUGAACAGGAGGGGAGUGGCAAGCAGAGGCUGCAACGACAGGACUCGAGUGACCUGGAGGGCUCUGUUAAAGAUGGCUCUGACAAACGAUCAGGGGAAAAGAGAUCUACUAUGGCGGAGAUUGUAGAACAGGUCCAGGAGAGAGAAGCAGCACAUGCCAGAGGAGAGCCGUAUCGGCCUCCAAGCAGCCUCUCAGCUCCAGUGACACGUUUUGAUGGUCGACCUCGUGCUCGAGAUCGACCCAAACCGAGGAGGAGGCCCCGUCCAAAAGAGCCUGAAGAAACUCGCCGCUCUCGAUCAGCUCCAGCCACUGGUGCCCCGACAACACCCCAGCCACCGUUACACACAGCACACAAUGAGGGAUUCCUAUAUCGCAAAAAGGCCACCAGCUCUGAUCUUGAAGCUCAGCAGAGGAGCCCCACCAGCAAAUCCUGGGUGAAUGUCUACUGUGUGCUGAAAGAGGGCAAGCUGACCUUCUACAAGGACGCCAGGAACCACAACACAACAUACAAUGGAGAGCCAUCUGUUGACCUUUCCAACUGUUCUUUUGAUCCUUCUUUGGGAUACAAGAAAAAGAAGAAUGUCUUCAUUCUUCAAGUCAACGAUGGAAAUAACUUAUUAGUAUUCCAUGCAAAAGAUGAGGAGGAUCUGAAGGCUUGGACUUCUAACAUCACCACCUGUAUAGCUGAGCAUGAGGCCAUGGUCAAGUGGGACAAGCCCGGGACAUCAGGCAUGGACCCAGACCGUUCAGAGAGGAAGGAGAGGUCUGAGGGCGAUGCAGACGCCAGGUCAGAGAGAUCGGAGCUAGUCGGCGAGGAGAGAUCUGAGAAGGAGAGAUCAGAGAAAGGGGACGGCUCCGACAAGUUAGACACAUCAGAAAUUGCUGACAAGCUGGAGGGUGGGGCGGGGGGCUCCAGCACAUCUGGAAAGAGCAAAUGAAGAGCCGGCUUAUGUUUUUGUUUUAUUCACUGACAAGUGUUGGUUGUAUGAAUGGGAAGCAUGUUUGCGGAGCCUCAGUCACAGAACGGGAAAACAAUGAGAUUACCACCCAACGACAAGACUAUUGUAACUCAUCUCUCAGCCAAGCUCCCCUUUACCUAAAGCAGUGCUGUUGCUGAUGCGCUUGCAUUGGGCUACCUGUGUGUGGGGAUUGUCGUCGUUCCAUCUCUCGGAUUCAUCUUUCUAUGUUUCAGUGAACGAUUAUACCAUGUCUGUCUCUCUGUCUGUCUAGACACACCUGAAAAGAGGUGAAAGAAAUGUUCACAAUAAUUAAAAACAUUUGAAGCAAUGUACUUUUUGGGAAGUUAUUCUCUCUUGUACUGAGAGACAAAAGCAAAUUAAAUAUGAAGUAGUUGCAAAUGUGAUGAUUUGAUAUGAUUUCUCAUCCACACACGAUUACCCCAGUCUUGCACCUUAGAUACUUAAAACAUACAAAAUCUUGAAGACAUGUAUUCCCACCACAUGGUAAUCAUAGAUCAUGUUAUCAUAAUGGAAUGCUGGUGUUACACACCUAGCUUUUUGGGGGGAUGUCGUUAAAUAUAAAUUAUUUUUUGAUCCAUGUAAAAAAAAAAAAAUGGAGCUUACAAUGAAAUGCUCACAGUGACACUAUUUGUCAUAAUGCCUUUGUACACAAAAUCUGAACACUGCAUGAAAUUUAAUAGUCUCCUAGUGCCCUUGUUUGACUUUUUUGUUAUGUUCUUGAAAUCAUUUGGGGAAAUUGCAAUAAUUUAGUGCAAGGAAACAUUUUGCAAUCAUAAUUCACUAAGUAGGGUUGUCUUCCAUCCACAGUUAUAAGAGACUCCUCCUUCAUCUGUUAUGAUGAGUAAGUGGCCCUUUACUCCCCCGCCCCACCUUUGUUUGUUCUAUACCCUUAUAAUUCAUUUUCCCACUGAAUUUAACAUGGCGUCUGAAGAAUUGUAAACACCUGAAGUGAGAGAAAUGCUCUCUGUACUGUUGUGUCUUUUAUUUUAAAGUCCAGAUUGUCACAUACCAACAGCGACUUCAAAUGCAAAUCUGUUCUAAGUCAUGAAAUGUAUAUACCUAACUUUGUAUGUAUAUCAAUAAACUCUGUGCGCUAAUAAAACAGUACACUGAAGUGUAAUGGGUAAAAGUAAAACAUUUGUAUUAAUCCACUUAAGUCAAAUAAAAACAUUACAUUUAAAGGAAAAUAUGCAAAUUAGAAGUCACUAAUGUUUUACAUAGCCUAUAUAAGUACACCAAUAUCUAGUUGUAUGAGCCACUUUUACCAGGGAAGAGGAACAGGAAAUACUUAAAAUAUGCUUGUAUUUUUAUAUUCCUAUGUUGCCUAUAUUGGCCCACAGCCCAAAUAAGACCAUCUAGCGGAUUGAGUGGUCAGUGUGUUUGUGAGAAGUGUGUUAAAUGUAUGUAUUAUCAACAUGUGUAAAUCAAGAAAGUUUUGUUGGCGAGCACAGAGUUCUGUGAGAUUAACAGACAUACUGGUUGUUGGCUAUGUGUUCAUUUCUUUUACAUGUACGAGAACACUAGAACAUAUGUAAAUGUGAAAAAUCAAUUUAUUACCAUUUUGACACGACAUGCAUAAAUUCCUGAAAAGAAGUGAUCCACUCUGCAGCGACAGCUGGAGCCAUUCUGUAAAUGUUGAAAUGUCGUGUUCCAUUUUAUCAUCAUUGCAGCUUGAUUUUAUAUAUAUAUAUAUAUAUUUAUAUAUAUAUAUAUAUAUAUAAAUUCAACCAGUCUUCCUUUCUUGGUAAACUCCAAAAGAUACUUUCCAAUUCACGAGUAUUGGGUUACCCCCAUGAGGAAUGUAGUGACAAUGUGCUGUGUCCUUCUGCAGCCUUCCAAUUAUUCAAACGAGAAUAGAUGCGCUACUGUACUUUAUGAUGUGAAUGUUGUUUUCCUGUCACUCUUUUAACAUAAGUGCCAUGUCAUACAGUUAGAUGAAAGAGCACUAAAGAAGACUGGUGAUUAUUGAAUUGAACUGAAAUUAAACCUGUCAUUGCAAUACAUCGUUUUAUCAUUGACGUGGGAGCUACAAUACUUACAUGUGGAUGUCCGAUAUGUUUGCUCUCCAUCACUUUUAUGAAGCACGCCAGGGACUUCUUUUUUUUUCUUCCACCAUGUUAUGAGCAACACAACAACAAGAGACAGCACAAACUGUGACUGAUAAAAAAAAAAAAAAAUGCAAACUUUGUUUCCUUCAUUGGUGGUCUUCAAGUGUGUAUGUCUUUGUUACUUUACAUUCAAACCUGCUGCUAAGACAUUAAUAAACCUCCGAACUUGCUGAUGCUAACGUGACAUUGAAUUAAUGUGGACACUGUAUGAUCUGCUGUUCUACUCACAUUCAGUAGCACAUUCAAACCAAUAGGAGAUUGUGAAUCUUGAGAGCCGUUCCUACUCAAAACUUUACUGUAGACCAGAGGUUUUCAAAAGUGCGUCACAGUGGGCCUCCCCUCAGAGAGCCUAAAAUGACUGGGCUUCAAGCCCCAGUAGGUUGUAUUCAAUUGGGCUCAUUAGAUUUGAACUGCACCUCGUAACAUAACGAGUUAAGUUACUGGUAGUUUAGCAGAUUUUUUAAAAAUAAUUUUAAAAAAAAACUACAAGCACCUGUCAGAGCAAUUCCAGGACUGGUGUCAUAAAAGAUACACAUAUUUGAAACCCAUACUACAACCAAUGAAUUUUCCCUUAAAAUGCGGCCAAAUGAUCAGCCAGCGCAUCUUCAAUGUACAAUAACAAGGUACCUGCUCACAAUGCCCUGAGCAUCCCACAGUUCCUGGCCGAGAAGAACAUCGCCGUGUUGGAGCAACCUCCCCGCUUGCCCGACCUGGCUCGGUGUGAUUUUUUUCCUUUUUCCCGAGCUCAAGGAGAUAAUCAAGCGUGGAAAACCACAACAUGGCUAUGAUGGUGGAGCUUUGGAGAAUCCUGGAAGAAUGCUUCCAGGGGUGCUUGAAGGUGUAACAGAGAAGGCUGGGAAAGUGUGUUAGACACCAGGGGGAUAACUUCGAAGGGGAAACAAUUGUAGUCUGUUGUCUGGAUUUUAAAGAUACAGGAUAUUUUGCAACACCAGUCCUGGAACUUUUCUGACACACCUCAUAUCUCUUCUUGCACAAAGAUUCUACUUAAUCUCUCACCCACUUGUAAAUUCUUGGUAUGUAUCCAACAACAAACACUCCACUAUUUGAAAUUUCACUGCAGGACUGAAUCACUGGUUGAUAUCAAUUGUAGGGAUGCUUUUAUCUCAAAGUUUGUGUCCCCACUUGCCUCUGUAUGUACAGUAAAAGAGAGGAACACAAACAUUUCGAUGCCGUUCUUACAGGUUUUUUUUUUUUUUUUUUGCAGUAAUGAAGAGGCGAAUUGUGAGUGAAUGGGUAUGCAAGUAAGAAAAAAAAAAAAGA